AUGCCUUCCCUUCCGUCGCCUUCUUGCACUGUCCAUCGCACACGUGCAGCUACCUCCGUCGCCCACGCUCACUUCCUCCCGUCGCCCACGCGCACUCCCCUCCUUCGCCCGUGUUCGCUCUCCCGUCGAGCAUGCGACGCAUCCCGCCGUCACACUCGCUCCCUCAUUCAAGGCCCCCCCUAUGAAUCGCUCCCCUCCGUCACCCAUGCGCUCUCCCCUCCCAGCAGCCCCGUCCUUUCCCCCCUGCUUCCCCGGCGUCUCCCCCCUGCUUCCCCUCCGUCUCCCCCCUUCUUCCCCGGCGUCUCCCCCCUGCUUCCCAUCCGUCUCCCCCCUUCUUCCCCUCCGUCUCCCCCCUGCUUCCCCUCCUUCUCCCCCCUGAGUCCCCUCCGUAUCCCCCCUGCUUCCCCUCCUUCUCCCCCCCUGCUUCCCCUCCUUCUCCCCCCUGCGUCCCCUCCGUCUCCCCCCUGCUUCCCCUCCGUCUCCCCCCUGCUUCCCCUCCGUCUCCCCCCUGCUUCCCCUCCGUCUCCCCCCUGCUUCCCCGGCGUCUCCCCCCUGCGUCCCCUCCGUCUCCCCCCUGCUUCCCAUCCGUCUCCCCCCUUCUUCCCUUCCGUCUCCCCCCUGCGUUCCCUCCUUCUCCCCCCUGCGUCCCCUCCGUCUCCCCCCUGCUUCCCCUCCUUCUCCCCCUGCUUCCCCUCCUUCUCCCCCCUGCUUCCCAUCCGUCUCCCCCCUGCGUCCCCUCCUUCUCCCCCCUGCUUCUGCUAA